UGACCAACAAAAGUAUUGGUAUGAAGGAGACACUGAGCUAACCAAUAAAGGCAAGUACCGUAUGUACCGGAUUGGACAGUUUGUACGACAAGCGUAUGCUGACUACCUGGGCUCACAGUACAGUCCCCGUGAAGUGUAUGCCCGUAGUUCGGCUGCUGACCGUUGCCUGGAAUCGGUACAAUUGUUGUUGGCCGGUGCUUAUCCACCGACCACUGCUAAAUGGCAAUGGAAUAUAUCGACCGGCGCUCAGUUGGGCAGUAAUUGGCAGCCGUUUCCCAUAUAUACCUAUCCGGCAGAGCUCAUAGAUAACGAUACAUUGCUACGCGUAGGUCACUACUGUCCCAAAGCUAAAGAAGCUUAUAAUAAUAAUUACUUGAAAAGCAAUAGAGUUAUGAGUUUGAUAAAAAAGGAAACAGAGUUUUUAGAUAAGUUAGGAAAAACUGUGGGCCGACAGCUCAAUGAUCCAGUAGUUAUCGAUAAUUUAAGGGAUACUCUAACCAUAGAAUAUUCAAGAAAAUAUUUUUGGUCUAACCAUAGCAUGUGGCCGUCCAGUGAUGAUAAAGCAAUUGUUGAUAAGUUGAAUGAGAUGGUCAGUAAGUUUAAGAAAAUCAAAUAUAGCGAUCAGGUGCUAAAAAAGACAGGUGGCGGUCCAUUGGUUAAGGAGUUAGUCAAUAAUAUAAAGGAGAGCAUCAAUGGGACAACUAGUAAACCGUAUAACUAUAAACUGUAUUUAUAUUCAACGCAUGACAUAAAGUUAAGUUUUUUAUUGUCAGCAUUGAAUGUAUGGAAUGACCUAUUAAUACCAUUUGGGUCGUCCCUUAUAGUCGAAUUGCAUCAACAGUUGGGUGCUAUCAAUGGAAAGGGAUAUUUUGUUAGAUUAUAUUACUAUAAUGAAACACUGGACGAUAAUAAGGUCUGUCCAUAUUUGUUAAAACUACCCAACUGUACAUCAGUCGACUGUCCCGUUGACCAGUUUUAUUCACUAACCAAUAGUGUUAUAUUCAACGAUUGGAACCGUUAGUUGAGGUGACCGGCGCUGAUCUUGACGUUAUCGGCACCAGUGUC